UGUCUCCUCGAAUGGUGACUAAACGUUUGCAACCAAAUUGCCAAGUUUGGAGCCCAAACCAACAGCCUUACUACAAACCCGAGCUACUAAUUAUUAAAACACAUUUCAACCAUUGGAAAAUAUUCUCAGCAAGGCCUUGUCCCCUUCAUUUCACAUAACUGACAGAUGAUUAAUAGAUGUUUGUAGUAUAUAAAAACUAAGCAAGCUGGAUCUCUAACUACAUCAACAACUGGGUGUUCUCUUUAACCAAACCAUAUCAGUGUUGCUACUAUACUUAACAUCUUCUCAUCAUUAAUGGUUCAGAUAGCUUUUUACAUGGGAUGGUUUACUGUAUCUUAUGUGGAAAUUUUAAUUGCUGUCGACGUCCAUUUAGUUUCCUUAACAGAAUACUUGGUUUCCAUUUAAUUCCCCAAUGAAUUGUAUUUAUCUACAUUAUCAAUAUAGCAGUCACAUGAUCUCAUUUCAGGCACUUGGCAACCGACUCAUCUUUAUGGCUGGUUGCAGCAAUUUGUGGUAAUGAGGUGAAAUUUACAACAAUUUUUGCUGGUUUCUGGCCUUUUCGGCUGCUUUUCAGAAAAAAAAACAUUUACAGGAAGACAUUGAUUUGCUUAACAACCACUUAAUGUCCUUUGUGUUUGUUUAAUGCCUGCUGCAAAAAAAGUCAGUCAUGGAGGUACCUCAACUUACAACCAUCAUGAGUUACAAUGGAAAUUUGGGGCUCCAUUACUAUCAUAAGUCUUGAACAGUGUUUUGUUUAAUCAUUUGGGAUAAAGUAUUGUAACUCAUUCCAAUCCAUUUGACAUUACUCAUUCCUGAAACAAACAGAUAAGUUAUAUUUCUGCUUUGACAAUUUCAAGUUCUUUUUUAUUUAUGCUUCUCAUAUUCCAUGUUCUGAUUGGAUGUGUCUGAUUCCACAGUACAUUUUCAUAAUUUAAUAUGAAAUCCUUGUUUAAGCAGCCCAUAUAUUUUGAAUCUAUAUUGCAUGUUAGUGGCAUUUUUUUUUCAGUGUACAGGUUUUUAGCUAAUACCUUUAUGGGUAUAAUUAGAAUAUGCUUUUUUACAUCAGUAGCAGGAAUUUCUGUGUUAAGCGUCUAUAUUGUCCUGAAAUUACACUAGGGUUGUCCAUAUCAGUCUAUGUUAAGAUAAGGUUGUUAAUAACACGUCACUGUGAAUACUUGUUGAUGUAAUUUGGUUUUGAAGUUGGUCCCUACAUUUCAGUUUAGUACUUUAGUGCAUGUUUUAAUUAAAUAGUAAAUGUCAUUGGUGUCUCCAAUGUUGUAGGAGCUUUGAUUAGACACUUAUGCCACAAACUCUCUAAAAUAAAAAUAUUAUUAUACAAUAUUAUACAUUUAUUAUUUCUUUUUAAAACCAAGACCAGGAGGAUUUAAACUUUACAAUAGUACUAUCAAGAAAAUGGAAAAAUGCAGCUUAAAGUUUAAACUGUUUAUAUCUUGGCAAAAGAAAAAAGCAAAUAUGUUUGUUUUCUACUAUAGUACUCAUAAUGAAACGUUCAGCAAUUCUCCUUGGAAACUAGUUUAAGAAGUGUGUCACUAUAGAAAAAGCUUUGUCUUAUGUCCUGAAGAUUUUAUUUCAGAGAAACAAGAGAACCAUCGAUUCUAGCUAUACACAGAAACUGUUCAGUGAAACAGGCAUAGCUAAUGCAGUAGUGGAAAAUAGAAAUAGUGCAGUUUGCAAGUCGUACACGGCAGCUGUUUGUCCGAUUAUUAGCCUUGGUAAAAUGGGCAAAUAAUGCUGGGAAAGUUGAAAAAUGUGCGAUGAUAUCAAGCUUUUUAGAUCAACAAGCUAUUCUGUUUGUGGACACUGCUGAUCGGUUAGCCUCACUAGCCCGAGAUGCUUUGGUUCAUGCCCGUCUACCAAACUUUGCUAUCCCAUAUGCUAUCGAUGUGCUGACAACUGGAUCAUAUCCACGAUUGCCAACAUGUAUACGGGAUAAAAUAAUUCCUCCUGAUCCAAUAACAAAAAUUGAGAAACAAACAACGUUGCAUCAGUUAAAUCAGAUUCUCCGCCACCGACUAGUAACCACAGAUCUUCCACCACAGCUGGCUAAUCUUACAGUAGCUAAUGGUCGUGUAAAGUUUCGUGUGGAGGGUGAAUUUGAGGCUACUUUAACUGUGAUGGGAGAUGAUCCUGAUGUCCCAUGGCGCCUUCUCAAACUGGAAAUUCUGGUUGAGGAUAAAGAAACUGGAGAUGGCCGUGCCUUGGUUCAUAGUAUGCAGAUCAAUUUCAUCCAUCAAUUGGUCCAAUCCCGGCUGUUUGCUGAUGAGAAACCUCUGCAGGACAUGUACAACUGCCUACAUUCCUUCUGCCUAUCCCUGCAGUUGGAAGUUUUACAUUCACAGACUCUAAUGCUGAUCCGAGAACGCUGGGGUGACCUUGUACAAGUGGAACGCUACCAUGCAGGCAAAUGCCUGUCCCUCUCUGUCUGGAACCAACAAAUUGUUGGGAGAAAAACUGGAACAGCAUCUCUUCAUAAAGUUACCAUUAAGAUUGAUGAGAAUGACGUAUCAAAGCCUUUGCAAAUUUUUCAUGAACCUCCCCUUCCAGCAUGUGAUUCCAAAUUAAUUGAGAGAGCUAUGAAGAUAGACCAUUUGUCAGUAGAGAAGCUUCUAAUAGACAGUGUCCAUGCAAGAGCACAUCAGAAACUCCAGGAAUUGAAGGCCACUCUUAAAAGCUACAACACCAGUGACAAUUCUUUUAUAGAAACAGCUCUCCCCACACUUGUUAUUUCUAUUCUGGAGCCUUGCGGGCGAUCUGAAUGCUUACACAUAUUUGUAGACCUUCAUUCUGGGAUGUUUCAGUUAAUGCUUUAUGGAAUUGAUCAGCAAACCCUGGAUGAUGUAGAGAAGUCUAUCAAUGAUGAUAUGAAGCGUAUCAUUCCUUGGCUUCAGCAACUCAAGUUUUGGCUUGGGCAGCAGCGUUGCAAACAAUCAAUAAAACAUUUGCCUACAGUAAGCAGUGAAACAUUGCAGCUAGUUAAUUAUGCUACUCAUCCUGUGGGAAAUCUUUCCAGCCACAAACUUUUCAUCAAGCUUACCCGACUUCCACAGUAUUACAUUGUAGUGGAAAUGUUUGAUGUUCCCAAUAAUCCCACACAACUAGAAUACAAAUACUACUUUCUUUCUGUGAGUUAUGCUGAAGGAGAUGAUAGCCCUGCUACUGCAGUUUUACUCCAACAAUAUAAGCCAAAUAUUGAAGAAUUGGUUUUGGACAUAAAAAGUAGCAAACAAGCAAAAAGUGGCGCAAAACGCAAGUUGUCUGAUGAAUUGUGUCCCACAGAACCCAAAAAACCAAAACAGUCUGGAGAAAUGUGUGCAUUCAAUAAAGUUUUAGCUCAUAUUGUAGCAAUGUCUGAUGCAAAUAUGCCCUUUAUAGGACUCCGCAUGGAGUUAUCCAGUAUGGAGAUCCCACAUCAAGGUGUCCAAGUUGAAGGAGAUGGUUUCAGUCAUGCUAUUCGUUUAUUAAAAAUUCCUCCAUGUAAGGGUAUUUGUGAGGAGACCCAGAAGGCUCUGGAUCAUUCUCUUCUUGAUUGUACUUUCCGAUUGCAAGGUAGAAAUAACCGUACAUGGGUGGCUGAACUGGUGUUUGCAAACUGCCCGCUUAUCAGCACUUCUUCCAGGGAACAAGGACCAACUCGUCAUGUUUAUCUGACAUACGAAAACCAGUUGUCUGAACCAGUUGGUGGCCGAAAAGUAGUUGAGAUGUUUCUAAAUGACUGGAAUAGCAUUGCCCAAUUAUAUGAAUGUAUAUUGGAGUUUGCUCGAUCUUUACCAGAAAUACCAAGCCAUCUAAAUGUUUUCUCAGAAGUUCGGAUCUAUAAUUAUAGGAAACUAAUUCUUUGUUACGGGACUACCAAGGGAAGUUCUAUCAGCAUUCAAUGGAACUCUGUGCACCAAAAAUUCCACAUAUCUCUUGGAACCGUUGGACCAAACUCAGGUUGCAGUAAUUGUCACAAUACUAUUCUGCAUCAGCUCCAAGAGAUGUUUAAUAAAUCACCAAAUGUUGUCCAACUAUUACAGGUUUUGUAUGAUACUCAGGCUCCAUUAAAUGCUAUCAAUAAGCUUCCCACUGUGCCAAUGCUAGGACUGACACAGCGUACUAACACUGCUUACCAGUGCUUCUCAAUUCUGCCUCAGUCGCCCACACACAUCAGGCUGGCCUUUAGGAAUAUGUAUUGCAUAGACAUUUAUUGCCAGAGCCGUGGAGUGGUGGCAAUUCGUGAUGGAGCAUAUAGUCUUUUCGACAACAGUAAAAUUGUGGAAGGCUUUUAUCCUGCACCAGGAUUGAAGACCUUCCUGAACAUGUUCGUUGACAGCAAUCAAGAUGCACGAAGACGAUCAGUCAAUGAAGAUGAUAAUCCACCAUCUCCUAUUGGAGGGGACAUGAUGGAUUCAUUGAUAUCACAACUUCAGCCACAGCAGCAGCAGUCUUCAAAACAGACAGGAGCACCAGCAGCUUACCCUUUGACAUCCCCUCCCACAUCCUAUCACAACACUGUUACUCCUUCACCUUCAAUGAUGCUCACCCAGUCACCAGGAACUUUACAUGCUGCAAAUUCUCCGAGUGGAGCAUUAAGAGCACCAUCCCCAGCAUCAUUUGGCCCAACUCCUUCUCCUUCAUCACUUGGAAUCACAAUGGGACAAAAUGCAAACUUUGCCAGUCCCCAUGAUGUUGGAAUUUUCACAGGCACAGUAGACCCUAGUUCACCAUACACAAUGAUGUCACCCAGUCAACGUGCCGGGAAUUGGCCAGGUUCACCUCAGGUUUCUGGUCCCUCUGCAGCAACACGUAUGCCUGGAAUGUCACCAGCCAAUCCUUCCUUACAUUCUCCAAUACCAGAUACAUCUCAUUCACCACGAGCAGGAACAAGUUUUCAAGCAGUGCCAACCAAUAUGCCUCCACCGCGUAAACUACCUCACCGUUCCUGGGCUGCAUCCAUACCAACAAUUCUCACUCACAGUGCCUUGAAUGUUUUAUUGCUGCCCUCACCAACCCCUGGACUCAUGCCAGGACUUGCGGGAAGUUAUCUUUGUUCACCACUUGAACGUUUUCUUGGAUCGGUUAUUAUGAGGAGGCAUCUCCAAAGGAUUAUUCAGCAGGAAACGUUGCAGCUACUCAAUGCCAAUGAACCUGGAGUGAUCAUGUUCAAAACAGAUGCUCUGAAGUGCAGAGUUGCCCUUAAUCCCAAAACUAACCAGACCUUGCAACUAAAAGUAGCACCUGAAACUGCAGGCCAGUGGAAGCAAGAAGAAUUGCAAGUUUUGGAGAAAUUUUUUGAAACCAGGGUUGCAGGGCCACCAUUCAAAGCUAAUACUUUAAUAGCCUUUACCAAGCUACUGGGAGCCCAUACACAUAUUCUUCGGGAUUGUGUACACAUCAUGAAGCUAGAGCUGUUUCCUGAUCAGGCAAGCCAGCUGAAGUGGAAUGUACAGUUUUGUUUGACAAUUCCUCCAAGUGCUCCACCGAUUGCACCUCCAGGAACACCUGCGGUUGUGCUGAAAUCAAAAAUGUUGUUCUUUCUUCAGCUAACACAAAAAUCUGCAGUUCCACAGGAAGCCAUGAGCAUAAUCGUUCCAAUCAUUUAUGACAUGGCUUCGGGUACCACCCAGCAGGCAGACAUUCCCCGGCAGCAGAACUCUUCAGUUGCUGCUCCCAUGAUGGUUAGCAAUAUUCUAAAGAGGUUUGCAGAACUGAAUUCACCACGGCCAGGUGAGUGUACAAUCUUUGCAGCUGUUCGUGAUUUAAUGGCUAACCUUACAUUGCCCCCUGGUGGGCGCCCAUAGGCUUUUAUACAAGGGUAAAAAUGAGAUGAAAUGGAAAACUCUGAAAUAAAGCCUUUGGUUACUUAGAAUGGAAGAAACAUUUUCACGUGUCACAAUUUUAAAAGAGCUGAUACAAUGGAUUGGCCUACUUUCAGGGAUGCACUGUCAUCAGUUUUUUUUCUUUGGUACAGCACUCUUAAAAUGUUUUAAAACAUUUCAGACUCAUAAUAAAUUUAUGUAUCCACUUGCAAGUAAAGAAUUAAUAUUCUGUUUUAUACUUCAAAGAUUAUGAAAAUGCCAAAUUUGUUUAUUUAAAUGUUUUUUUCUGAUGUCCUGGUGUAAUAGUCUUUUUUAAAAGCAGAACUGUCAUUUUUUGAAUACUGUAAAACUAUGAAAAACUUUAUAUUGAAACUGUAUUUUAAUAUUACUGCUUUGAAAUGUUAAAAAUGGACUUGUUAUAAACAUGUCCGCAAAAGCAAUAUUUAAUAAACUAGAUUUUUUUAAAAUAAA